UAUACUCCGUUAUGUUGGUAGCCAGAGUGAAGUUGUCAAACGUCAAAUAUGUGAGGUUAGGAAAUCUAUAAUAAUUUUAAAAUCUAAACAAUUACAAUGCUUGCGAGUUAAAACAAUCAUGGAUUUAAUUUUCGGUUUAUUGACAAUAGCGGCGAUUUACUUAUGGGUUCUCUUUAUGGAUAGAUUUUUUAAAUCAUGUUCUCAUUACGGAUACAUCCAAUUUCUUAAAGGAACUGGCUUGGAGAUUAAGUUUUUCCAGUUUUCGUGGACUACAACAGCUUUUAAUAAAUUGCUUCUUAGGUGGGGAGGUGACAACACAAAAUUUCUGAAUUUGUGGUUUAAUUUGGGGCUAUGUGUGAGCUUAAUUUUAUUGCCUACUUCUGUCUACCUUUUGUUGGUCGCUUUCUUUCAAAAUUUUGUAUCGUCCGCUAGUAGUGAGGAAAACAUAAUUCAACCAGUAAUCCCUGGAAUUAACCUUCCAGCAUCUGAAAUUGGUUAUUACAGUGUGACUUUAUUGUUUAGUUCAGUUUUACAUGAAUUGGGUCAUGCUUUAGCUGCAGUGCAAGAAGACGUAAAUGUUAUUAAUGUAGGCGCUAACGUAAUGUUUAUUCUGCCAGUAGCUUAUGUGAAUUUAAAUUCUGAUAAAUUAUUUUCUUUAAAUCCUUGGAAAAGACUUAAGAUUUUGUGUGCUGGAGUAUGGCACAACUUGUUGAUAGCUUUCCUAGCUUACUUACUAUAUACAUCUCUGCCGUCCGCUUUUUCGCCUUUUUUCAACUUUGGUAAAGAAGUUGUAGUAACAGAAAUUCAGGAAAAAUCACCAAUUAUUGGAAAUAGGGGUUUAAAUGUCGGCGACUUAAUUUCAAAAAUUAACGAUUGUGAGGUUGACAAUGAAAAUACGUGGUAUAAGUGUUUAGUGACCUUAAGAACAAAAAAACCCGCGUUUUGUAUUGAAGCAGAUGUUGUUCACAAUCUCGAUGAAAGUGUGCAUUUGAAACAUUCAGAAAGUGGAAUUGUAAGCUGUUGUCAUUCAGAUAAUAAAGGCAAAUUGUGUUUCGAAUAUCUGGAUAGUAAAGACAGCAUUUUGGAGUUGCCCCCAUAUGCGUGUUUACCGGGAAGAACUGUGAUAGAAGUCUCCACAAAUUUUUGUAUGGCUGACCCCCAUAUUUGCCCCAAAGAUACUUAUUGUUUCAGACCGAUUUUAAUGAACAAUACGAAUUUAUUUAGAAUCAAGCGAGUCAAUCAAAUUGAUGUUAUCUAUAUUGGCCCUGUAUCCGAUCUUGUAAAAACAGUCACAGUGUCUUCAUAUAUUCCAAAAUAUUCGUUUUUAGGGACGCAAAUUCCUGACGUCGUUACGAAAUUUUUGGGAUAUUUAGCAAUGUUUUCAAUGGGGCUGGCUCUAGUCAACAUUUUACCGUGUUUGUUUAUGGAUGGCCAGCACAUAACUAAUACUUUAUUUCACAUUAUUUUCGCAAGUCAUUUAAGAACUACACAUAUUAAGAUUAUUUCAGGCAUUGUGACCGCUUCUUUUACACUUUUGUUAGUGAUUCAUUGCAUUAUCGUUAUUUGGACUAAACUUAAUUAAAUUGUGAUAAAAAUAUUGAAUAAAAUUGUUUUUAGAUAA